GGCGUCUGCACCUCACUCCCUCAGCUUUUUGUUCAGCUUCGUUCACUCCGAAAUCUCAUUCUCGCCGAUCUUCUUCGCUGUUGUUCGGGGGUUUGGAUGAUUGGUCCCGACUUGAACCCGUUCGUGAGAGAUCCGAUCUGGAUUCCGCUCUCGGACUCGAGCAUUUCCGUCCUCAGAUGAGUGUAGCUGAAUCUUGUGCGUCACUCUAGGGUUUCGCUUCUCUUCCCAUUCCAUGGCCAUGAGAGGCAUCGAUUUCAAGUGGUACGACGGGUUCUUCUUGUCGAUGCUGGCCACGAGUGUAGUAAUUGUUGCGAUCAAUUGGAAGCGGUACCAUUCUUGUACAUUCCCGUUGCACAUAUGGAUUGUGGUUGAUUAUACUACCGUAUUUGUUUUUCGCCUUUUGAUGUUCGUAGAUAAUGGACUUGCUGCUGGAAUGGGUUUGGAUUUUGGGUGGCAACAGAGGUACGCUCGUUUCUGUGGAAGAGUAGUGGUGCUUUCGAUUUUGUCUUUGCUACUGUAUCCAUUCCUUUGGGCUUGGACUGUAAUUGGUACACUCUGGUUCAGACGAGCAAAAGAUUGUUUGCCCGAAGAAGGUCAGAAAUGGGGUUUCCUGAUUUGGUUGCUUUUUAGCUACUGUGGACUCUUUUGCAUUGCUUGCAUGUCAUUGGGGAAGUGGUUGACACGGAGACAAGCACACUUACUACGUGCUCAACAGGGGAUUCCUUUAUCCGAAUAUGGGGUUCUGGUUGACAUGAUCCGUGUACCAGAUUGGGCAUUUGAAGCUGCUGGUCAGGAAACAAGAAGCAUGGGCCAAGAUGCUGCUGCAUACCAUCCUGGACUUUACUUGACUCCUGCUCAGAGGGAAGCGGUUGAAGCACUCAUUCAGGAACUUCCAAAGUUCAGACUAAAGGCUGUUCCAACGGAUUGCAGUGAAUGUCCCAUAUGCUUAGAAGAGUUCCAUGUAGGGAAUGAGGUUCGUGGCCUGCCUUGUGCUCACAAUUUCCAUGUAGAGUGCAUUGAUGAGUGGCUUCGACUGAAUGUGAAAUGUCCUCGGUGCCGUUGCUCAGUUUUCCCUAAUCUUGACCUUAGUGCUUUAUCUAAUCUUCGUGCUGAGACCGAACGGACAACUGCCAGUGUGGUGACAACCAACAGAUAUGUAAGGGAACCUUCCAGCCAGAGCUAUCUGUUGAGAUUGCAGGGUCUGCUCCGUCCAGUACGUACAGGUAAUGCAGGGGCAGCUGAUGAUGCUGACAUGUCGUUGGAAACUGCAGAGAAUGGAGGUGUGGCGGUGGUGACUCGGGAUCCAUCAAGCACAGAGCCAGUACCCUCGGUUGAAAGCAUGUUUGUUGGUCAGGCCACCCAACCGCAACACUAGAUUGAUCCUGCAUCUUUUUUCCCCAAUUUUUACUAGAUUUCCUAACCCUCUGCCAAGACAAGGUAAAUGAUACUUGUCCAUAUUUGGCCAUCACUUUUGUAAGGUGUAGUGAUGGUUUCUCAUUGUAAUGAACAGAGUUUUUUGAUUGAUCCAAGUGUAUGGAGUCAUGGACUUUAAAAAACUGUAAAAGAUACCUUCUUUUUGUUAACCAGUGGAGAUUAGAAUUCCAGUCGUGCAUUGCAGUCUA